CUUUAAGUCGGGCACGGAGGGUUUUGCGCAGUGGCGGAGCCCGUGGGUGUGGUGACGGGCGCAGGGAAGCAUUCGGGCCCCGCCGCCCCCGCCCCGUCCCGGUCUCCCGCUGGUCCUCCGUCCGUCCUGCAGCUCACCCCCGCCUGCGGUGCGCCCUGAGGAACCGGGACCAUGACGGACUCUAAGUACUUCACCACCAAUAAAAAAGGCGAGAUCUUCGAGCUGAAGGCCGAGCUCAACAAUGAGAAGAAAGAGAAGAGAAAAGAAGCGGUGAAGAAAGUGAUCGCGGCCAUGACUGUGGGGAAGGACGUCAGCUCCCUCUUCCCGGACGUGGUCAACUGCAUGCAGACGGACAACCUGGAGCUGAAGAAGCUGGUCUACCUCUAUCUGAUGAACUACGCCAAGAGCCAGCCGGACAUGGCCAUCAUGGCCGUCAACAGCUUCGUCAAGGACUGCGAGGACCCCAACCCGCUGAUCCGGGCCCUGGCGGUGCGCACCAUGGGGUGCAUCCGGGUGGACAAGAUCACGGAAUACCUGUGCGAGCCGCUGCGCAAGUGCCUGAAGGACGAGGACCCGUACGUGCGGAAGACGGCCGCCGUGUGCGUGGCCAAGCUGCACGACAUCAACGCCCAGAUGGUGGAGGACCAGGGCUUCCUGGACUCCCUGCGGGACCUCAUCGCCGACUCCAACCCCAUGGUGGUGGCCAACGCGGUGGCCGCCCUGUCGGAGAUCAGCGAGUCGCACCCCAACAGCAACCUGCUGGACCUGAACCCCCAGAACAUCAACAAGCUGCUGACGGCCCUGAACGAAUGCACCGAAUGGGGCCAGAUCUUCAUCCUGGACUGCCUGUCCAACUACAACCCGAAGGACGACCGCGAAGCCCAGAGCAUCUGCGAGCGGGUGACCCCCCGGCUGUCCCACGCCAACUCGGCGGUGGUCCUGUCGGCGGUGAAGGUGCUGAUGAAGUUCCUGGAGCUGCUGCCCAAGGACUCGGACUAUUACAACAUGCUGCUGAAGAAGCUGGCCCCGCCGCUGGUCACCCUGCUGUCCGGCGAGCCCGAGGUCCAGUACGUCGCCCUGCGCAACAUCAACCUGAUCGUGCAGAAGAGACCCGAGAUCCUGAAGCAAGAGAUCAAGGUGUUCUUCGUCAAAUACAACGACCCCAUCUACGUCAAGCUGGAGAAACUGGACAUCAUGAUCCGCCUGGCGUCCCAAGCCAACAUCGCCCAGGUCCUGGCGGAGCUGAAGGAGUACGCCACCGAGGUGGACGUGGACUUCGUCCGCAAAGCGGUGCGGGCCAUCGGCCGGUGCGCCAUCAAGGUGGAGCAAUCCGCCGAGCGCUGCGUGAGCACCCUGCUGGACCUCAUCCAGACCAAGGUCAACUACGUGGUCCAGGAGGCCAUCGUCGUCAUCCGGGACAUCUUCCGCAAGUACCCCAACAAGUACGAGAGCAUCAUCGCCACGCUGUGCGAGAACCUCGACUCCCUGGACGAGCCGGACGCCCGGGCGGCCAUGAUCUGGAUCGUGGGCGAGUACGCCGAGAGGAUCGACAACGCCGACGAGCUGCUGGAGAGCUUCCUCGAGGGAUUCCACGACGAGAGCACCCAGGUCCAGCUCACUCUGCUGACCGCCAUCGUCAAGCUGUUCCUCAAGAAACCGUCGGAAACCCAGGAGCUGGUCCAGCAGGUGUUGAGCCUGGCCACCCAGGAUUCCGACAAUCCCGACCUGCGGGACCGGGGAUACAUCUACUGGCGUCUCCUCUCGACGGACCCCGUGACGGCCAAGGAGGUGGUCCUGUCGGAGAAGCCCCUGAUCUCGGAGGAGACGGACCUCAUCGAGCCGACCCUGCUCGACGAGCUCAUCUGUCACAUCGGUUCCCUGGCCUCCGUCUACCACAAGCCCCCGAACGCUUUCGUGGAGGGCGGCCACGGCAUCCACCGCAAGCACCUGCCCAUUCACCACGGAAGCACGGACGCCGGAGACAGCCCCGUGGGCGCCGCCGCGGCCGCGGCCACCGCCGCCAACCUGGAGCAGCCUCAGGUCAUCCCCUCGCAGGGCGACCUCCUGGGAGACCUCCUGAACCUGGACUUGGGCCCGCCCGUCAACGUGCCCCAGGUCUCCUCCAUGCAGAUGGGGGCCGUCGACCUCCUCGGGGGAGGCCUCGACAGCUUGCUUGGCAGUGACCUUGGCGGGGGCAUCGGAGGAAGUCCGGCGGUAGGACAGUCCUUCAUUCCGUCCUCCGUCCCGGCGACCUUCGCCCCCUCGCCUACCCCGGCCGUGGUCAGCAGCGGACUCAACGACCUGUUCGAACUCUCCACUGGGAUCGGCAUGGCCCCCGGAGGAUUCGUGGCUCCCAAAGCUGUCUGGCUGCCCGCGGUGAAGGCCAAGGGCCUGGAGAUCUCGGGGACGUUCACCCACCGGCAGGGCCACGUCUACAUGGACAUGAACUUCACCAACAAGGCACUGCAGCACAUGACCGACUUUGCCAUCCAGUUUAACAAGAAUAGCUUUGGCGUCAUCCCCAGCGCCCCCCUGGCCAUUCACACCCCGCUGAUGCCCAACCAGAGCAUCGACAUCUCCCUUCCCCUCAACACCCUGGGCCCGGUCAUGAAGAUGGAGCCGCUGAACAACCUGCAGGUGGCCGUGAAAAAUAACAUCGACGUCUUCUACUUCAGCUGCCUCAUCCCCCUCAACGUGCUCUUUGUCGAGGACGGCAAGAUGGAGCGCCAGGUCUUCCUCGCGACCUGGAAGGACAUUCCCAAUGAAAACGAGCUGCAGUUCCAGAUUAAGGAGUGCCACCUGAACGCCGACGCCGUGUCCAGCAAGCUGCAGAACAACAACGUGUAUACCAUCGCCAAGAGGAACGUGGAAGGGCAGGACAUGCUGUACCAGUCCCUGAAACUCACCAACGGCAUCUGGAUCCUGGCCGAGCUGCGGAUCCAGCCGGGGAACCCCAACUACACGCUGUCUCUGAAAUGCCGGGCUCCCGAAGUGUCUCAGUACGUCUACCAGGUCUACGACGGCAUCUUGAAAAACUGAGGGGCCCGGCCCCGGGGCCCGGGGGUCCGGCCGACCCGCCCAGGUAGCCAUUAGUCUAACGUGCUAACGUCCGCCAGUACAAACCCGUUUGAUA